AGCUAGUUAUUUUUAAAAAUGUAAACCGUGGAACAGAGAAACGUCUCGCAUAGAAAAAUUGAAUAGAUUCUCUGGACUCUCUCUUUCUCCUUUAAAAGAACUAUCUUUCUUGAAAGAAUCCAAAAUCAUUUUCAAUUUCUAACAUUGUUUUUGUAAAAAAAGUUGUGAUAUGUAACAUGCAGAUACGUUUCACAGUCUCAUUGUCUCUGGAUAAAGAAAAAACUUUUGCGACAAUGGAGACGCGCUGUGCAAUGGGCAUAUUUUGUGCGAAAACUAAUAACAAAAAGGAAGCUUGCAUACAUGAUGUAAUACUCACCAGAUAAAACCCAGUUUAUGUGUGCCAGCUCUGUCUUAAUAUAAAUCUGAAUUUUUCUGCAGAUCUUGCUCGUGGUUCUUAUUUUCAUCGUCCUCAAUCUCGUCACGUUUUUCUUUGUUAGCGUUCAUCUGGAUGGCUGGGCGCAAGGACUAGCUCGUCUUUUCAUUCCCGAGUGGGAAAGGCUCGAAGAUCCCGUCGUAUGGAUGGACGCCGCAGGACAAAUUUUCUACUCUUUAGGGGUAGGGUUCGGAAGUUUAACCCUCUUUUCCAGUGGAAACCCAUCCAAGAACAACUGUUAUAUGGACGCGAUCAUGGUUGCACUGGGGAACUGCGCAACCUCUCUGUGGGCCAGCAUAAUCAUGUUUUCAUUCUUUGGUUUCAAGGCUAAUUACAAAGUUAACAAAUGUGAUCUGGAUAGGUUAGCGGCGCUUGCCGGUAACAGCUCCAUAACUAACGCGACGAAAACAAUAUCGUGUAGUAGGCGAGAAAUAUUUGACCAACUUCCUCCAGGAGUAUCUCUCGGGUUUGCGGGAUUAAGCGAAGUAUUUACCGAGAUGACUAGCCUUUAUCCAUCACUGUGGUCUUGUCUCUUCUACCUACUUCUCUUUCUGCUCGCCUCCUCGAGCAUGCUGGGAAUGAUAGAGAUAGUUGUUACAACUUGCAAAGAAAUGAAACUUUUUUCAAGAACUUGGAGAAACGAAGUGAUUUGUGGCAUAUUCUGCCUAGUAAUGUGUAUAAGUAACCUGUUAUUCGUGCAGUCAACCGGUUUUUACCUACUGGAGAUUAUCAGCAGCGCCAGUUCUAUUCCUCUUCUCCUCACUGGAUUGGCGGAGUGUAUAGGCGUGGCUUUUGUCUAUGGAAUGGACAAGUUUUCGAAAGAUCUUUGUGCGAUGACAGGAGAGCAAGUGAACAGCAGGUGGAAGGUUUGCUGGAAGUUUGUUUCACCGCUGAUCAUACUCAGCGUUAUAAUUGGAGGAAUUGUGCAAAUGAUCAGACAGAUAGCUCGAGGAGAGUUCUCCUACACAGCCUGGGACAGAGAUGAGGCAAAAGUGAAGUACCCACCUUAUCCUCCAUGGGCGUACGUAAUCUACAUGGCGUUUGCUCUUAUUCCUUCAAUAUGCAUUAUUUAUCCACCGCUUCAUGACUGUUUCACGCGCCGCAGAGCGUAGCCUGAGACGAGAGAGAAUUUUAGUGAUAGCGGCUUUUCUGGCAUCUCAUCAUGCGAGCUGGGCUGUAUUGUCGGACGAUCAAGGUCUUAUAACAUUACCCCUAUUAGUAGUCCAUGCGUUAAUGGUCAUGUGAACAGGACAGUCGACGAGGAAGACUGACAGAACGAAGAGGUCACGAAGAAACGCCGAAUGCUUCCGAACUUGCCCGAGCGUUCUCCAACGACAGGCUUAUCUCCUAAAGUUUGGUUUUGAAGGAUUUACUUUACGGCUGGCGUGUCUUAAAAAAACUUAACCCUAAGUUUUCAAGUUGUCUGUUACGUUCGUAGUCCGUCCUGGAUCAGUUCUUGUGAUUUAUUCGUAGCCGCCUUUUUGAUAUUCUUCUACAUUAGCAAGUGCCCUUUUGAUUUAGCUUUACUCAACGCAAAAAAGAGAAAUUUGACUCUCAUUAAGCUGUUUUGGCAUCUGGGAAUCUAACAUGACAUCGUAUCUAUGGGUGCGUUCCUUCGGGGUACGUGAUCUGGAUCAGGAUCAGUGAUCCAAGAUCGCUUAGAUCAUGGUGCAUCAAAGGAGCCGAUGAAUCCACUCUGG